CCUCUCUCCCCCACACAUGUCGUACUACAACAACCGUCGCCGUGCGUCACCGGCGCAGUCGACAGCGUCUCAGCUUGGCGGCCAUCGGUCUGGGCGCAAGGACCCACGACUGAAUGCCAAGCACCAGAAGAUCCUUAUGGCACUUCUUAAGCAACCUGAGAAUGCAUACUGUGCAGACUGUGGUAUCAAGGGCCCGCGCUGGGCCUCGGCCAAUCUCGGCGUCUUUGUCUGCAUCCGCUGCUCGGGCAUCCACCGCAACAUCGGUGUCCACGUGACCCAGGUCCGCUCGGUCACGCUUGACACCUGGCUGCCCAAGCAGGUCGAGGUGAUGAAGGCCAUGGGCAAUGCCAACGGCAAGCGGGUGUACGAGGCCCGCUAUGACGGGCCAUCGCCGCGGUUCUCAGAGGGGGAGACCCGUGCCUGCGAGGCCUGGAUCCGCGCAAAGUACGAGCGGAAGCAGUACUACAGCAAGGAGACCCACGACGCCAUCCUCGAUGCGUACUUUAACCCAAAGGCGCAGCCUGCGACUGCGGCUGCUCCUGUGGCUGCGCCUGCGCCUGCGGCUGCGGCUGCGCCUGCACCUGCGCCCGCACCUGCGCCCGCGCCUGCUCCGACCUCCACCCCGAUGGUGAGCGUGGCACCUGCCGCUGCUGUCGCGGCCCGGUCAGGCGGCACGCCGUCGACGCCCAAUCUUAUCGACUUUACGUCGACGCCCACGCCGUCGGCUACGUCUCACUCUUCGGCCGCGUUUGGCUCUGACCCUGCGGCUCUGUUUGCCGGCACCCCGCCUGCGUCGGGCGCCUCGACCCCUGCCUUCCCGUCGGGCUCGUCGACGCCGCCGGCGAUUGGCUCGGCCGCCCCGCCGUCGGCUACAGCGACGACUGCCGCCGCGCCGGCUCCCACCGCGCCGGCUGCCUCCGGCUCGUGGGUCGAGUCGCUCUUUUUCAACCCGCAGACCGCUGCCCAGUCGGCGCCGGCCAUUAUGGCCGUCUCGCCCGAUCCACUCGUCUCGGCGCCGGCCGCGCCGGCCAAGCCCAAGCCGUCGACUGACGACAUCAUGUCGCUGUACCAGCCGGCCGCGCCGGCCGCGCCAGCCUUUGGCGCCGGCUUUGGCGCGCCCGCCAUGCCGGCCUUUGGCGCCGGCUUUGGCGCCGCGUCCGCCCCGGCAGCCGCGCCGGCUGCGGCCUUUGGUGGCUUUGGCGCUGCACCAGCCGGCAACCCGGCCGCGGCUUUUGGCUUCCACCAGGCGCCGGCGCAGCAGCAGGCGCCGGCGCAGCCGCAGCCGCAUCAGGCGCAGCUCGCCAUGCAGCAGCAGUUUGCGCUGCAGAACAUGAUGCGCCAGCAGCAGGCGCAGGCGCAGGCCGCGCAGGCGCAAGCCGCGCAGGCACGCGCCGCAUCGAUCACCUACGGAGGCGUCGGCCUCGGCGCCGCUGCAGCCCCGGCGCUCACCCCGCUCACCCCGGUCUCAUCCAGCGGCGGCGGGAGCGCAAAGGCCGCCGACUUGAGCGACGCCUUUGCCGGCCUGUCAUGGUGAAGGAAUAGAGUAACAUGUGCGGAGGAGGAAG